GGCAGCGCCCAGUGGGAUCCGCGACUUUCAAAACGUCCUUGCAAAAUUCAAUUGAUCACGCUGUCUGCGCUGUCGUUGCCUAUGUGGCAGAUAUUGAAAGAUGGAGGGAUUUCCAAUGGCUCUAAGAGGAGUUCUUCCUAAGAAUGUCAAGGAAAUGGCUCUGGAAGAUCUUGCGCAGGAAGUAACUGGCCGUGCCCUAUGCCUCCUCCUUCAAGAGUGUGCCGACGAUUUCUUCCGAGGCGACAUCCCUCAAUCCCUGAACAAGUCCGAAGAGCUCUUGAGCUACACUUGGGAGAAACUCAACACGGGACAUUGGAAAGAUGUAGACAUAGCCUGGAGACAUGUCUACACAUACGCAUCACUUCUAAAAGCUAUGGGAAUCUGCAGAGAAUGUGAACAUGAGGAUAGGACGGAGGAUGCAAUCCAGGCUAGUUAUAAGAAAGCUCUUGAGGCAUGUGAUAUGGGUCUACUCAUGGGGGCUCCUGUGCUGGAUAACAUCUUGAGUCGAUUUGCUAGAGCCAUACAGACCACCUACAAGCCGCUAAAACCUGCAUCCUGCACAAGCAGAAUUCUGGAUCAGUCAGUAGAGCCCUCCCUGCCUCCCCAUCAAAUCCCAGCGAUCUCCAAACAGCAUGAGAUCCCUCGAGUCUUCUGCCCAUCACUCCUGAGUUUCCAGUCUCAGUACAUGCAGACGAAGACACCGGUCAUCAUACAGGGAGCAAUGGAGCACUGGCCGGCGUUGGGACUCAGAAAGUGGAGUUUGGAUUAUUUACGGCAAGUCGCAGGCAGUCGUACAGUCCCCAUUGAGCUCGGAGCCAAGUACACAGAUGAGGCGUGGUCACAGUCACUCAUGACAAUCUCCGACUUCAUCUCCAAAUACAUUGAGGGAAAGGAAUUAUCAAAGAGGAAAGGCCAAGUUGGAUAUCUGGCUCAACAUCAACUCUUCUACCAAGCUGAUAAGGACCUUCCACACUAUCCAAAAUCUCUUGUGUUGGACCCGGGUCCAACAAGGAUAUUUAGGGGAACCCGUUUUACGCUAGCAAGAAUCCAACAAGCCUUCUACAUGGGUCAAGCGCUCUUCACGGGUAAAAUCCAGGUCUGGAUCAGGGUUGAGAGGCUCUACCUGGGUAGAAAUCAAAAAUCUACGGCCGACUUCCCCAUGUAG